GGGGCAUCUUUGAGACACGGGAGAAUGAACCUGUCAGCAUGGAUGAACUCGCCUUUAAAUUUGCAGUUACAAGUAUCAACCGAAACAGAACCUUGAUGCCAAACACCACGUUGACCUAUGAUAUCCAGAGAGUAAACCUCUUUGACAGCUUUGAAGCCUCCCGAAGGGUAUGUGACCAGCUGGCCCUGGGGGUUGCGGCGGUCUUCGGCCCCUCUCACAGCUCCUCGGUCAGUGCCGUCCAAUCCAUUUGCAAUGCCCUAGAGGUGCCGCACAUCCAGACGCGCUGGAAACACCCAUCCGUUGACAAUAAAGACAAUUUUUACAUAAACCUCUACCCUGAGUACACCUCCAUAAGCAGGGCUAUCCUGGACAUUGUCCUUUUCUACAAAUGGAAGUGUGUUACUGUGGUUUACGAGGACAGCACAGGACUUAUGCGUAUGCAGGAACUGAUCAAAGCUCCGUCCAAACACAACCUGAAGAUCCGUAUCCGCCAGCUGCCAUCAGGAGGAGGUGACAGUCGCCCCCUUCUGAAGGAGAUGAAGAAAGAAAAAGAGUUUUACAUCAUCUUCGACUGCUCCUACCAAGUUGCCGCCGAGCUUCUCAAACAGCUGAUGUCGAUGGGUAUGAUGACGGAGUACUAUCAUUUCUUCUUCACAACCUUGGAUAUGUUUGCUUUGAACCUUGAGCCGUACCGCUAUAGUGGAGUCAACAUGACAGCCUUCCGCCUCCUGAAUCUAGAUGAUCCAUAUGUGACUUCCGUGAUCCAGAAAUGGUCCAUGGAGCGCCAGCUGGCACCACCCAAACCUGAGAGUGGACUGAUGAGCGGCAUUAUGACUACCGAGGCUGCGCUCAUGUAUGACGCAGUGUUCAUGGUUGCUGUUGUGUCUCAGCGGGCCACGCAGAUGACAGUGAGUUCCCUGCAGUGCCAUAGACACAAGCCCUGGAGAUAUGGUCCGCGCUUCAUGAACUUGUUUAAAGAGUGGCUCCAGUACAGUUGCCUGGAAUGGUGGAAAUGGUUUACAAUCGAGGUCAUCAUCAAGUCUCCAGGUAUCCUGCGGGAUAGUAAAGCUGUGUCCACCUGA